GUACCGUUGAUUGAAAAUUGAAGUUCCCAUUUUGUUUAAUUCUCACUCUUUAUUAGUGCGCAUUUUGUGGUGUCACUCGUGUAGGCAUGAGUUUCCAAAAAAAGCCCAUAAUUAUAGAUGCACAAGGCCAUCUUCUUGGUCGUUUGGCCUCUGUUGUGGCCAAAACAUUGCUCAAUGGUCAGAAAGUAGUCGUAGUACGGUGUGAAGGCAUCAAUAUAUCAGGAUCGUUUUAUCGAAAUAAAUUAAAAUAUCUUGACUUCCUUAGGAAGCGGAUGAACACCAACCCAUCGAGAGGUCCAUAUCACUUCAGAGCACCCGCAAAAAUAUUCUGGCGUACUGUCCGUGGUAUGCUUCCUCACAAGUUAUACCGUGGGAAACAGGCUCUUGACAGACUCAAAGUUUUCGAAGGCAUACCUCCUCCAUACGACAAGAAGAAGCGCAUGGUUGUUCCUUCAGCUUUACGAGCAAUCCGGUUGAAGCCAGGACGAAAGUUUUCUGUAUUAUCUCGUUUGUCUAACGACGUCGGGUGGAAGUAUAAGAAUGUAAUCGAAAAGAUGGAGAAUCGUCGGAAAGCCAAGGCAGCUGUCUGGUAUAAAAGGAAAAAGCUUCUGAAGAAACCGAGCGAGGUUGUCAGAGGACGAGCUAAAGAAGCGAUUGCACCAUAUCAAGCAAUCCUUAAACAGUAUGGUUACUCUUAGACUUGUAUAUUAUGAGGCUUUAUAAACACAUCUUUUACGGAUAAUCACCGGCUUUUAUUUUGUUAAUAAAGAUUAGUGCUGUUG